CAAAAGUAAGAAGUUAUGUCCGUAUUUACUUUUGGAUUGGGCCACCGAUUAUCCAUUAGACCCAACUUCUCCAAUCCACGAGCCCAAAGCGGGUAGGGCUUUGAUUCGUUAUUUAAGCUCCAAUUUCACAAAUGAUUCGUUUCAAUCAUAUCUCCUUCAGUUCUUAGGGUUUUGUCUCCGCUGUGACAAAGUUCAUCUUGUUGUUCGAGCGAGAAGAUGAGGCCGAUCUUCGUGGGGAAUUUCGAGUACGAGACUCGCCAGUCGGAUCUGGAGCGCUUGUUUUCCAAGUAUGGAAGAGUCGAUCGUGUCGACAUGAAAUCUGGGUUUGCCUUUGUCUACUUUGAUGAUGAGCGUGAUGCUGCUGAUGCUAUUCGUCAUUUGGACAAUGUUGCAUUUGGGUAUGACAAACGCAGGCUAUCAGUGGAAUGGGCAAGGGGGGAGCGUGGAAACAAACAUCGUGAGGGAUCCAAGGCUGUGGCAAAUCAGAGGCCAACCAAAACUCUGUUUGUGAUCAAUUUUGAUCCUCAUCGGACUAGAGUCCGUGACAUAGAGAGACACUUUGAGCCUUAUGGAAAAAUCCACCACGUCCGGAUUCGGAGGAAUUUCGCAUUUGUCCAGUUUGAAACCCAGGAAGAGGCAACAAAAGCUCUGGAGUGCACUCAUAUGAGCAAGAUACUCGACAGAGUGGUUUCCGUUGAGUAUGCCCUGAGAGAUGAUGAUGAGAGGGGCGAUAGGCUUGACAGCCCUCCUAGAAGAGACUACGGCAGGCGUGGGGGAGUGGAGAGCCCUCCUCCAUAUAGAAGGUCACCAAGCCCAAUAUACCGCAGAAACCGACCCAGCCCUGAUUACGGGCGCCCGCGGAGCCCGGUCUAUGACCGUUACACUGGCCCCGUGUAUGAGCGAGCCAGGAGCCCCGACUAUGGAAGGCACCGCAGGUAGUUCUUCUAGAAUGGGAUCAAGAUUUGUGCGACGACGCUUUAUGACUCUACUAAUGUAAAUUGCACUCGGGGUAUGUUUUAUCUUUGGGUAAAUUUGAUGAAUUCAACUUUUAGAACCAAUUAGUGUGUUUUUGAAGCUGCAUUUUGGAUCUUAUUAUAGGUAUUGUUGGAUUAUGAAUAGCCCUAUUUUGUUCAAUUUGUGGUAUUUUCUUGACUUUGGCCAUGGUUAUUACUUAUAGGUGCACUAUUGUGUUGGUAAUCUCAUGAACUUAUAUGGAUUGUUUCCCAACUUCAUUGGCUCACUAGUGAGUGGAGUGUAGACAUGUGAUAACAUCCUUAGCUGGAAUUGUGGCAUAUGUGGCCUUCUUUUGAACUCAUAUUUUUGCCAAAAUG